CCGACAAGCAAUUAUCUGUCAGAUUUUGGCGCCUUCACAAUUUACAUUUUUCACGUUCAUUUCUUUUUGUGCUUAUUUUCCGAUUGGAGUAACUAUAAUACUUGCAAAAUGAACACUUGGUGUAAUGAAAAGUGAAAAUUAUUUUAAAUGUUUGCCUAAAUACUCAAUUCCGUAUACUUAGAUAAAAGUGAGGUUAAGUGCUUUUGUUUGUGUUAAGAUUUUUGUUAUAAGAAAAUAAAAAUGGUUAAGAACGAGACACGCGUUAACCUACCUUGGAUAGAAAAAUACCGCCCCAGCCGUCUGGAUGAUUUGGUGUCUCACGACGAUAUUAUAAAAACCAUUGGCAAAUUUAUUAGAGAGGAUCAAGUCCCUCACUUGCUGUUUUAUGGCCCUCCAGGAACUGGGAAAACAAGUACUAUUCUGGCUUGUGCUCGACAACUUUACACACCAGCACAAUUUUCCUCAAUGGUUUUGGAAUUGAAUGCUUCUGAUGACCGAGGUAUUGGUAUUGUUCGAGGACAAAUUCUCACAUUUGCAAGCACAAGGACAAUCUUCAAGUCUGGUUUCAAGCUAAUCAUUUUAGAUGAAGCAGAUGCCAUGACCAUGGAUGCUCAAAAUGCCCUAAGAAGAAAUAGAAGUGACCGCGAUUACAUCGGUUUUGCCACCCUCCCCGACCAAGUACACCGCAAGUCUGUGAAACGCGGCUUCGACUUCACCCUCAUGGUGGUGGGUGAAUCCGGCUUGGGCAAAUCCACUCUCAUCAACAGCUUAUUCUUGGAUGACCUUUACAAAAAUCGCAAAAUUCCGGAUGUCAGUGAACGCAUCCAAAAAACAACCUCAAUCGAGAAAAAAACGAUGGAAAUUGAAGAACGCGGAGUGAAACUCCGUCUAACCGUAAUCGACACACCUGGAUUCGGCGACGCUGUUAAUUGUGAAGAUAGUUGGAAAGUGUGCACAAACUACAUUGACGAUCAAUUCAGACAAUACUUUACCGACGAAAGCGGAUUAAAUAGGCGAAAUAUUCAAGAUAAUCGAGUUCAUUGUUGUCUCUACUUUGUACCACCGUGGGGACACAGUUUGAGGCAAAUGGACUUGGAGUUGAUGAAACGACUACAUCAGAAAGUCAAUAUUGUGGUGGUCAUCGCCAAGGCGGACUGCCUCACCAGCUCAGAGAUUGUGAAGCUCAAACAAAAUAUUCUCAACGAUAUUAGAGAGCACGAAAUUCAGAUGUAUGAAUUUCCCGAAUGUGAUAGCGACGAAGACGAAGAAUUCAAACAACAAGACCGAGAAUUGAAAGCAAGUGUUCCGUUUGCUGUUGUUGGCAGCAAUACGAUAUUAGAAGUAGCUGGUAGAAAAGUCAGGGGUCGUCAGUACCCUUGGGGAGUCGUUGAUGUUGAAAACCCAAAACACAGCGAUUUUAUUAAGUUAAGGACCAUGUUAAUCUCCACGCACAUGCAAGAUCUCAAAGAUGUCACCGAAGAUGUUCAUUAUGAGAAUUUCAGAGCACAAUGUAUCUCGCAAAUAUCACAACACGCCAGAGAGAGGGGAAAAUUGAAGAGGGAUUCAGCUCCUUAUGAUUCUGAUUGUACAGAAACCGAUCGAUUAUUGCUCCAAAAAGACCAAGAGAUACGACGAAUGCAAGAAAUGUUGAACCAGAUGCAAGAAAAACUCAAAGGCAACGCUUAAGGAACAGUAUUAUUGAUAUUUUCAAACAAUUAGACGCUAUAGUUGAUGUUUUACCUACCAAAGACUUAAUUUAAUUUCAAGUUUUUUCAUAUUUAUAUGGGAUUUAUGUUAUUUUAUAUGUUAUUUGAAUAAAUAUUUAUUAGAACGA